AUGUCCAACGUUCGUGGACCCACAUCGGCGCUCACCGAGUUCCUGAGGGAGCGAGGUAUCACAGCCAGGAACACCAAUCGCUUCCGACGACGGGAGCAGGAGCAGCAAGAACAGGCCGCCGCCGCCGCCGCCGCCGCCGACAGUAAUGGAUGGGCCGCUUCGGAUGUCCCAUCUGAUGCCUCCCGCGCGCCAGCGACCCGCCCUCGCCGCCCGUUGGCUCGCAAUGGCAGCUCGAUGAACUUCGAAGAAGAUGACGAGACGGACGACGAUCUGCCUCCCGCAGCAGCAGCUACCGCCAUCACCGCAGCCAGUGUGGAGACCGAAGCGAGCACGAGCUCAGGUCGACGGACGCGCUCGAAUGGAAAGAAGCGUGCGCAACAAGACGAAAUCGCUACAGAAGCCAGCAGCAGCUCCACCACCAGUGGCAAGUCUAAGAAGAAAGCCAAGAAGGACGAUGAUGAAGACGACGACUAUAACCCGAAAAGUCCGCCCAAGAAGGGCCCGGCACCUGUCGACUGGGAAGAAUCGCUAAGCUUGCCGCAAGCCAGCAGCUCGCGUGCCAAUUUCUCGUACGCCAACCGAGCGCCAGGCAGCAUCUCGUACUGCGGUUUGUGCAAGAUGAAGUUCACCAUCACUUCGUAUACCAAGGUAUCUGACAAAGGACCGCUCUGUCAUCGCUGCGGUCCCGCUUACAAAGGUCCAAAUGGAGCUGGCUCCGACGCCAAAGCAAAGCCGUCUCCGAAGAAGAAGCAGGUGCGACGUAAGACGCUGCAGGACGGCGUGCGCCAGAGCUUCCCCAGCUUACAGAGUUACUGCAUCGAAGUGAUCAGCCGCCACAUUGAAGAUGUCGAGGCGCUAGGUCACAUUGGCUUCCGCAACAUGGAUGCGAUCAGCAAGUCGAUCUCCAAGAAUCGCAGUCUCAACCCCAGAACGCUACAGCUGUUUCUGUCUCCCACUAUCACCACGCUCUCGCUGUACGACUGCAGUAAGCUGGACAGCGAAUCUCUCCAAAGUAUCGCUGCGUUUGCGCCCAAUCUCGAACAUAUCAAUCUGCAACUGUGCGGUAUGCUGGACAACGAUGCAAUGGACGUCUGGGUGAAGAAGCUCCCGAAGCUCAAGAGUGUCGAGCUCUAUGGUCCUUUCCUGGUGCGCAAGGAAGCGUGGCACCGCUUCUUUGAGGCUAUCGGUUCUCGUCUUGAGAGCUUCAAGAUCCGCGAGUCGCCGCGGUUUGAUCUGUCGUGUGCUGAAGCCAUGGUCAAGCACUGCCCGAAUGUGCGCGAGCUUGGUUUGGCGCAGAUCGGACCGCUGGACAAGACGAUGCUGCAACCUCUCGAAAGCUAUGGUGACCAGCUGACAUAUCUCGACAUCUCGGAUCCCGGCGUGUCGGCGCCAGGCAUCCCACCCAAGUCGCUCGAAGACGACGAGGUGGUGAGCCUGCUCAAGGCGGUCGGCACGAAUCUGGUGCACCUGGAUGUAUCCAAGAACAUAGACCUUACCGACCGCAUUAUCGAAGAGGCUAUCAAGCCGCACUGUCACAAACUCAAGACAUUGCGACUGAUCGGAUGCGAAAAGCUAGAGGCCAAGACGGUCGCCGGCAUGUUUGCCGAAUGGACCAAGAAGGGCGUGCCCGGCAUCUCGUAUCUGCACCUGGACCGAAUGCUGAAACUCGACGACAGCCUGAUGAAGCCCAUGCUGACCCACUCGGGUAUUGAGCUAGUGGAGCUGUCGCUCAACUCGGUAGACGGGAUCACGGACAAAGGGCUUGAGGUGCUUGCCAACGCCAAGAAUCUCCCGAGACUGGAGGUGCUCGACCUGUCGUUCGUCCGAGCCGUCGACGAUGACAGUCUGGACAAGAUCUGCCGCAACCUGAGCAGCUUGAAGAAGGUAUCGGUGUUCGGCUGCAACCGUAUUAGCGACUUCCUUCGAUCUGAACGGGUGAGGAUUAUCGGCAAGGAGAAGUAUGUCUCCUAA